AGAAAGCAAGAAGAGCGCGAAGCUUGGGGACAUUGGGUUGUGGCGGGAGGGUCUGGAAGGUGAUUUUUCUGCUGAUGUUGGAAGCAUUCAAGGGAUGGCUCCUGAGGUAGGUAGCUAGCUAGCUAGUAUUGCAACAUUAAUUUAUUAAGAUUGUAUGUAUGUGUCUGCCUGCAUCAUCAUAUAUGUAUAUAUAUCAGGUGUAUAGUAGGGGGGAGGAGCAGUAUGAAAUCACAAGUUUAACGACGAGAUACAAUUAUAAGGUGGAUGUAUAUAGUUUCGCUAUUAUUUUCUGGGAGAUGCUCACAAACAGGACUCCUUACCAUGGCCAGACUAACACCGCUAUUACACAAGCUGUAAUCCAGAACGAGAGGCCUAGCGUGGAAGGGUUUGGUAUUCCAAAAGAUAUUCUUGACAUACUGAACAUGUGCUGGGCAGAUGAUCCACUAAAACGACCAGAUUUUUGGGAAGUCUCAGAAAUGAUAGAAGAUCUCCUGAACCUAAUUGACCCUGGUUGGGACGACUUACCGGCUGCCAGAACUAGCGGACCCGAUCAGGCCACAAAGUUGUGUGACCCCUCGAGUAUCAGCACAAAUCUAUGCUCUUGUUGUUAUCUUUCUGUCCAGCCAAACCCGAGCUGCUCUUGUUCUAGCUGCUCUUGUCCUAGCUGCUCUUGUCCUAGCUGCUCCUGUUUUCCUAGUUGUUUUUCUUAGAGUGGCAAGCAGGCAGGCAUCUGCAAGUGUCUUUUAAUUCUGCUGCAAUGCAGUGCUGUGCUGCAUAUAACAUACAUACAUACAGGCUGGUUUUGCUUCUUCAUUGCCAUAUACUUGUACAGUUCAUUCUUGGUUCUGUUCUUGGCAGACUACAUUUACUGCACAAUAAAACAAUAUAAUCUGUU